AGGGGGAGUUACCAAGCCCAGGCAGCAAAAACAUCCCGCCACAUUCCUGGGGAGUCCUCAGCUGCCAGCAUCUGAUUAGAACCAUAUCUCUCUCUCUCUCCGGGAGUGGCCUCGGCUCUGAGGCUCCCGGCCGGCGGCUAUUUAAGCGGAACCCACCGUGUCCUCGGCGCUGCAGCCUGGAGGCUCAGGACGCCGGGAAGUCAUGCUGGCUCCGCGCAGGCACUAGUCAGCUCGUGUGCGUCGUGGGUUAUGUUCAUUUGAGACUUGCCGAUUGGGGAUUGUCUGUUGCCAGUGAGUGUCUGCUGCUGGGUUUUCAGCCUGUCUUCCUGUCAUGUCUAACGAAGUAGAGACAAACACAACCAACGGUCAGCCUGACCAACAGCCUGCACCAAAAGUGCCAUCAAAGAAGGAAAAGAAGAAAGGUUCUGAAAAGACAGAUGAGUAUCUGCUGGCCAGGUUCAAAGGUGAUGGUGUGAAAUACAAGGCCAAGCUAAUUGGUAUUGAUGAUGUGCCUGAUGCAAGAGGAGACAAAAUGAGCCAAGACUCUAUGAUGAAACUCAAGGGAAUGGCAGCAGCUGGUCGGUCUCAGGGACAGCACAAGCAAAGGAUCUGGGUCAACAUUUCCCUGUCUGGAAUAAAAAUUAUUGAUGAGAAAACUGGGGUAAUAGAGCAUGAACAUCCAGUAAAUAAGAUUUCCUUCAUUGCUCGUGAUGUGACCGACAAUAGAGCAUUUGGUUAUGUGUGUGGAGGAGAAGGCCAGCAUCAAUUUUUUGCCAUUAAAACAGGGCAACAGGCUGAACCAUUAGUCGUCGAUCUUAAAGACCUUUUUCAGGUUAUCUAUAAUGUAAAGAAAAAGGAAGAAGAAAAGAAAAAGGUUGAAGAAUCCAACAAAGCAGAAGAGAAUGGGAGGGAGGCUCUAAUGACCCUUGACGAUCAAGCCAACAAGCUGAAGCUGGGUGUUGACCAGAUGGAUUUGUUUGGGGACAUGUCUACACCUCCUGACCUAAAUAGUCCAACAGAAAGCAAAGAUAUCCUGUUAGUGGAUCUAAACUCUGAAAUCGACACCAAUCAGAACUCUUUAAGAGAAAAUCCAUUCUUAACAAAUGGCGUCACCUCCUGCUCUCUCCCUCGACCAAAGCCUCAGGCAUCCUUCUUGCCUGAAAAUGCCUUUUCUGCCAAUCUCAACUUCUUUCCCACCCCUAAUCCUGAUCCCUUCCGUGAUGAUCCUUUUGCACAGCCAGACCAAUCGGCACCCUCUUCGUUUGAUUCUCUCACAUCUCCAGAUCAGAAGAAAGCAAAUCUGAGUAGCAUGUCUACUCCGCUGAGUAAAGGGCCCCUGAACGGUGGUACUGAUUACUUUGGGCAACAAUUUGACCAGAUCUCUAACCGGACUGGCAAACAGGAAGCUCAGGCAGGCCCAUGGCCCUAUCCAAGUUCGCAAACCCAGCAAGCAGUGAGAACUCAAAAUGGGGUAUCUGAAAGAGAACAGAACGGCUUCCAUAUCAAAUCUUCCCCGAACCCUUUUGUGGGAGGCCCUCCCAAAGGACUCUCGGUACCGAAUGGCGUAAAGCAGGACUUGGAAAGCUCUGUCCAGUCCUCCACGCGUGACUCCAUAGCUAUUAUCCCACCUCCACAAAGUACCAAACAAGGAAGAGGCAGAAGGACUGCUAAGUCUUCAGCAAAUGACUUGCUUGCAUCAGACAUCUUUGCCUCAGAACCUCCAGGUCAGACAUCUCCGACAGGACAGCCUGCAGCCCCACAGACCAACCCUCUGGAUCUCUUCAAAACAAGUGCCCCUGCCCCAAUGGGGACCCUUGCAGGUCUAGGUGGUGUUCCAGUGUCACCUCCCCAAGCAGGACCUUGGACACCUGUUGUCUUCAGCCCUCCUACAGCUGUGGUCCCAGGAGCCAUAAUAAGUGGCCAGCCUCAAGGUUUUGGUCAGCCACUCGUUUUUGGCACCACGCCAGCAGUUCAAGUUUGGAAUCAGCCUUCGUCGUUUGCAGCCCCCACUUCUCCUCCAGCCUCUGCAGUUUGGUGUCCUACCCCCUCCGUGGCAUCCAAUGCUUGGUCAUCCACAAGCCCUCUGGGGAAUCCUUUUCAGAGUAAUAUCUUCCCACCUUCUGCCAUGUCCACUCAGUCCUCUCCUAUGCUGUCCUCUGUCAGCAUGACCACACCUCCUCAACCACCGCCCAGAAAUGGGCCACUAAAAGACAUUCCCAGCGAUGCUUUCACUGGCUUAGACCCACUUGGGGAUAAAGAAGUCAAGGAAGUGAAGGAAAUGUUUAAGGACUUCCAGUUGCGGCAGCCACCUGUCCUGCCCUCAAGGAAGGGAGAGCUACCUCCCGCGGGGACUUCAAGUGCCUUCUCCAGUUACUUCAACAGUAAAGUUGGCAUUCCUCAGGAGCAUGUAGAUCAUGAUGAUUUUGAUGCCAAUCAACUGUUGAACAAGAUUAAUGAACCACCAAAGCCAGCUCCCAGACAAGGUGCCGUCUCGGGUACCAAGUCUGUUGACAAUUCCCUUGAGAACCCUUUCUCUAAAGGAGGCUUCAGCUCAUCACAGCCCUCCGGGGCUUCUCAGCCCGCAUCUUCUGAUGUCCACAGGAGCCCUUUCGGAAAUCCUUUCGCCUAGCUUCUGAAGUUGUAACGCUGGCUAUCCGGAUGAACAAAAGACCAGCCUUUAGUCAAGGACAAAGCUGAUAGCCAGAAACAUCUGACCUCUGUCCUUGUUCCAGCUUUGACGUAUUAUCUGUUGCCUUACUCGUCUUUGCCUCUUGUACUUGUAAAACGCCUUUCACUUUCUGUCUAGGCUAAAGCUAAACUGAGGCUAUAGCUUUACGUAAAUUAAGCUCCUAAACUCUCUAGCUCAAAUAUAAAUGAAGUAGCUCCCGUACCAAAUCCUUGUUUCUUGUGCCCCUAGAACCUUCCAGAAUGCUCUCCUUUCUGUCCUCAGCUGGGAGGUUCAGCCACCUUAACCCUCAUAUCACACUGCCUUGAGUGAAUGUCCAAAUCCGCAGAGCUCAAAGUCAUUUGGGUUCCCAGCGUGCAGCAUAAACCUAAACAUUCUAUUAAUGGGACAGCAGGACACCUGCUUCCCAUCUCCACUCAGGAAAAAAAAAAUUGAGUAAAACGAAAGCAAGACUAACUUCUCACAUACAAACUAGGACCAUUUCAAGAUGAUCAUUUCCCAGCUAAUUGCAUCAUUUACCAAACCUGUCCCAAGAGGUGCUCACAACUGACUUGCGGAGGAGAAAAUUCUAACUCUAAACUUGACGCAUUAUUCAAAGCUAAUGAAACAAUUAAUCCCCCCUCCCCACCCCCCACCCCUGGGGCCUCAAAUUGUUUUCAUUCCAGACAUUAUGCAGCUGUUUGACCCUGGUGAUCUUAUGGCCUGAAUUUUCCUUGAAGAUCCUAAUUUUAUCUCAUGUGAUUUUUUUUUCUCAAUAAAGAUGAUUGUUUGUGCAUUACUAAAAAAAGGUAUAAUUUCUUUUCAUUGUGAUUAUUUCUCCCAGGACUAUUCCAUUUUUAAUCUCCUGCCGGCUAGUUUAAAUGAGAGGAAAGCAUUGUUUAUCUCUCCCUGUCUUUCCCUCUCAUUCUCUUUCAAUCCAUUUUGCUCUGCGUUAGUAUAAACAAUGACUCCAAAAUAACAGAUUUUCAUGGGGCAAAAAGUACACACACACCCUCCAGCCAUAGGUAGUCCAGUGGCUAGACUCCAGAAGGUCCACCAUCUCCAUCCUCCCCAUGGACGGGAGGGCUAGUCUCUUAAACUGAAGUUCCUUAGAGUAAUUUAACACAGGAGAAGGACAGGACUCAGCUCAGCAAUGACGGACUAUACUCUGAAAGCUAAAUGUGACUGUACCAAACACACUGGGCCCUCACUGGAGGUCAUGGUAGGACUUUAUCAAACAACUGAAAAACUUUCUAGAAGCCACAAUCACAUAGUUCUUAAGACAACAGUAAGUGAGAGGAGAGAGAGUGGUGGGCAAAUGGUUGGGGUUGUCACUAAAAACCUGCCUGCAAGAUCCCUCACAGCCCUGGAAACCUACGCAGUACAUUUUUAUCUUUAGUCCUUUUGUUAGUUUGUGUUGAGUUUUUUUGUUUGUUUGUUUUCUUUGGUUUUAAUGUUCUCUCUUGACCCUUCAUGCUCAGGUUCUUGGGGGUAUUAGUACAAUUUCACCUUUCGCUGAGAUAGAAUAACUGCUCAGGUUUUAAACAUGAAGCUGGCCUGUGAGCCUCUGUUUAUUAGCCCAAGUAGUACAAGCUGGAGUCCUGUGAGUUUCUGUUUAAUGCUAAUAGUUAAUUAUCUAUGGCAUACAUUUUUUUUCCUUUCUGACUUCCUACUCAGUCAUUAUAAACACAGACUUGAAAUCAUACUUUAAAAUUCCAGAUACCAGUGCUACACUGGAGGUAACUCUUUCUAGAUUUUUGGAUCUUUGAAAAUGAGAAUCAAUCAACAUGACUGUUUUGUACAUACUCAUCUUCUUUUUCUGUAUGUGAA